UACACAUAUAUACAUAAAAGAGGAAAGAAAGAAAUUAGGGAUUUAGGGGGGAAAAUGGGAAGGGGAAGAGUGGAGCUGAAGAGGAUAGAGAAUAAAAUCAACAGACAAGUGACGUUUGCAAAGCGUAGGAACGGUUUGUUGAAAAAAGCUUAUGAGCUUUCUGUUCUCUGCGAUGCCGAGGUUUCUCUCAUCGUCUUCUCCAAUCGUGGCAAGCUCUACGAGUUCUGCAGCUCCUCCAACAUGCUCAAGACACUGGAAAGGUACCAGAAGUGUAGCUAUGGCUCCAUUGAAGUCAACAACAAACCUGCCAAAGAACUCGAGAACAGCUAUAGAGAGUAUUUGAAGCUGAAAGGUAGAUAUGAGGGUCUGCAACGUCAGCAGAGAAAUCUACUUGGAGAGGACCUUGGACCUUUGAAUUCAAAGGAGCUAGAGCAGCUUGAGCGUCAACUAGACGGCUCUCUGAAGCAAGUUCGCUGCAUCAAGACGCAGUAUAUGCUUGACCAGCUCACUGAUCUUCAAGGAAAAGAGCAUAUCUUGCUCGAAGCCAACAGAGCUUUGUCAAUGAAGCUGGAAGAUAUGAUCGGCGUGAGAAGUCACCACAUAGGAGGGGCAUGGGAAGGUGGUGAUCAACAGAAUGUUGCCUAUGGACAUCAUCAGGCUCAGUCUCAAGGAUUAUUUCAAUCUCUUGAAUGUGAUCCCACUUUGCAAAUUGGAUAUAACCACCCAGUGUGUUCGGAGCAAAUGGCUGUAACGACGCAAGGUCAGUCCCAACCAGGAAACGGCUACAUCCCUGGCUGGAUGCUGUGA